AACUUGUGAUGACAUGCGGCUCUUCUCAUGACAGUUCAACAUCUCCAAAAAAAACCAUGAUAUCUGUCUCAUCAGGAUGACUGGUAGAUAAAAAUUGAGAAGGCCAACCAUGGGUGUUCUUUGUGGCUUGGUCUUUCUAGACAAAAGGUUCGCUUACAAGCUAUCUUGUCCCAUGUUGAUUUUUGAAUGGUAUUUAUAUUCACAUCCUUGCUAUUUGGAUAUCGAAAUUCGCUUGAGCUCUAAUAGCACCGCAAAGUUUUGUUUUAAGGGAAUAACUUCAUGCUACUUUAAGUUAUCUUUUUAUUUCCAGCAUUGGAUUUAGAUAAACCUCUGUUUUCUGAAUCUACAACUUUUCUGCUUAAUAAAUAAAGCCUUAACUCGGUUGAAUAUCUUAGAUUCACUGGUUUUUUAUGAUUUGUGCGGAAAAUUAGAAUUGAUAAUUCGCAUGAGAGUAUGAGAUGUCCCAGUUCACAUUUCACUUCUGAAUGGAACAAAUCCCUAGAGAGCUUAUCUUUUUCUUUUCUGAUAUUUGAAGUUUAAUUUCUUUGCCAGCUUUAAUUUAACACGUCUGCAGUGAUAUUAUGGUUGAUAAUUUUAGACCCCAAGAACGUUUCAGCGAGUAUUUUGGUCCACGCUUUCAAGUUUUUAGUGUUCUGGUUCAAAAAUGGAGAUGUAGUGAUCAAGUUUUAUUAGGAUGGUGUGACAUGUUGUAAAGUUUGUUUUUCCAAGGCUAGCAGGACAAAAAUAAGGUUGAAAAAACGAAUUGAUCAAGUUUAGAAUUCUUAUCGUUUCUCUUUGCUUUAACGAAAAUUUAUGGAAUAAAGCUAAUAGCUCUUAAUAGAUAACAUUGAAUUUGUGGUUUUUCAUGUGACAAAAACCUAAAGCUUAAAAUCUCAUAUUUUUAGAGUUUGAUGUUGUUUUCUGUAGACAAAGUAUAACCGCUAUGGUUAAGACAGUAUAUUUUGCCAACGGGUUGCUUGCGAUAAAUUCUUAUUGGAUAAUGCACCAUACUUUUAGUGGUCAAGCUUUUGGCCUAUGAUUUUAUCUUUCAAUACAACGGUCAUGGGGUUAACGAUAAGAACAGAAGCAUUGACGUUUGCUGACGAAUUUAUUUUAAUUGUCCAAGUAGUUGCAAAUCACUCAAGUUUUUCGGUCAGUGCAAAUCCUUUGAAUCAAUGGUUUUUACGUUUCACUCGGGCGACCGCCCUCACCUUCGCCAAAGCUCGCGCCUAAUUAUUGGCACGAGCUAACGACCGCCCUUAUAAAGACAUGUCUCGCUCGCAAGGGACAGGAAGAGCAUUUAGGCCUGUAAAUCACAAUAUUCCUUGGUGAAUGGUCAAGUUGCUUCUUGUUUGUCUAUUGAGAAACUAGAAACUAGUGUAAAUAGCAUAGGCGACAGAAUGGUAUCUUGCUUGAUCCCAUUUUAAUCACGAAAUUUCCCUGUCUCAAAAUCAACAGUGACAUCGGUUGUCAUAUUGUCAUGGCUUUUUGACCAGACUGGCAAUGUUGUUAUUGGAAACCAAAAACAACAGGGGUGUCCAGUCAUUAUUGUUUGUUCGGAUCUUGUCUUUGUUAGCUCUUUCAUUCUCGGUUUGUCAUUUUACCCUAAUGGCAUCAAUAGUCAUGUUAUACAAAGACCGACUUAAUUCAACACAUGAAGUACGUCUAGACCAGGGUGCUUGAUUCUCGUUCUUUUACCCUUUGAAAUAUCUAGCAAAAUAAAUUUGACUCGUCAUUGUUUGAGUGGCUGAAUGGUUUUCUAAGACGUAACUUUUUCUGGAUUUCUGUUUGGCUCUUGAAAAUGUUCGUUUUUUGGCCGGUCCAUUUGCUCAAUGUCUCUGUCUUUGUGUGAUUUGGUAUCGAUGGUUGUGCUGUAUCAAGGUUGCGUUCAAUUUUCUCACCGCAUCUUCUGUUUUUUUGGUUCUCUGUGCUAUGUGCUAGGGUAGCAGAUGGAUGUUGAUACAAGACAAAAUACUAUAUUGAAGAAAUUGAUAAACGUGUGAUUUCGUCUCAGCGUGAAAAUGUUUAAAAAUCAAACGGAUGAAAAAUUCGCCCUUUCCCUCUGUAAGAUAAAUAUGUUUAUAUGAUACAUUGCUUCAAAAAUUUCAUAAAUGUUAAAUCGCAUUGCAAGGCAUUUUAAGUUUCAAGAUUUGCAAAAUCGUAUUUAAGAACUACAACUAAAUAUGGAGAUUUCAACUUGGAUUUCAAUUAGGCAGAAUCCAUUGCAUAGAAGAAUUAAAGAAGUUCCUAAACCGUUUGGCUGCAGAUCAACUUGAUAAUUUAUUUGUUCCCAGAACAAGCUUCCAAACUUUCCCAUCUUUCUUUACAUAGCUCGUUUUUUCUUCAAACUGUAGUAAAUAUAAUACGAUUAUUCAAACAUAACCUUCCAAGUGUGUUUCCAUGUGAAUCCGUGUUCAAAAGUUCUCGAUUGUAUUUUUAACCCGCAAUUCGCCAUUAAAACAUUCAAUAACGUUGUAUGACUAUUCGGCCGCAAUUAUGGCCAAUGACGUCAUUUCCGUUACGAACAGAACGAUGUAUCUAAGUUCGUUAUUUCUUGCCAACCGGCUGAAGUUCCUUAUCGCUGCCACCUUGACAAAACAAUAUGCCUAUUAGAGCUUUGUUACUGUUUUUACGGAGAUUGGCCUUGAAUAAGAAUGUAAAUAACCUAUUCUAUAUGUGGAAACAAAGGCUGUGUAUAAAAUAGACACCGUUUCCUUAAAUAGCCGCAGAUUUGAUUCUGUAGAUAUCGCAACAGGUCCUUUGUCUUCAUCGCAGCGACAGUUCGCGUUACGCACUGAAUCGGCUACGGUGUUUAAAGGUUUGAAAUCAAAGAACAUAUGUUGCGUGCAGGCUUUGAAGGCACAGCUCGAAUGCUCGCUUGAAAACAACCCCACAGAUUCGUCAACAUGAGAUUGGUCUACCCAUGUUUGGAAAAAUCUUCUGCCUUGAACGAAUCGAUAAUCCAAAGGCCAAAGAAAGAAGAAGGAUCAUCGCAUUCAGUUUCAAGCGAGGUCAAGCAAAGAUUACAAGAGUUUGUUUUGAAUAAACAGCAAAGGGAGGCUGCCCUCGCUUCCGCAUCUGUCUCCCAAGACCGAUUCAGGCAAUGGUAUGCUACUUCGGGCCUUCCUUCAAAUGCAGAAGAUGACGAUUUUCCUCUUCGUAAAGCAGCAUCGGAGCCGAACCUAAAAUUACGUUCUCGUAUCCGACAUAAAGUUGCUGCCUCCAAGCGUACAAUAAGUUCCAGCAGUCCAUUGGCCUUCCGACGAAGGGAGAAAAGUGUCGGCGCCCACAGUCCUGUUGGGAAGUCUUUUCCAGGUGAUCCGUUUUGUGAAUCGCCGAAUGAUCGCGAACUUUCAUCGCCAUUAAGAGAUUCAGAAAAGGCUGGACGGCAGGAGGAGGUGAAUGAUCGCGAUUCGUAUAAUGGCCACAACCACGACUACUCCCAUGUUCCGUUGUAUGGAUCGCCUUCCUUGCCAAACAUUUCGCUUGGGAGCAGCAGAAGUACAAUGCACCCGUCCCAGUCAUCGCAGGAAGGAAAAAACCUGGUUGGUCUCUGGUCGCCUGUCUCUGGUUUCUCGUCAGGUUCAAGCCCGAACUUGUUGUCACAUGUGCGGUCUGACCACCCAUAUUACUCUCAUUUGCUGUGGUCGGAAUACCGCGCUAACCAACACCUUCUUACACAGAUCCUAGCUUUCCACGGCAAAGACCCUAAGGAACUGCCACAAAUGCUGGCACAGCGAGUACCAAGCGAUAUAUUAGAGGACACAGAUGGCUUGUCGCCGGCAUUGCAACAGGCACGCGUUAAGGCAAUGAUAGAUGCCCAAUACCAAAUACUAUCGAAAUACCACAGCACAAUUCCACUGUUGUACCCUGGGCUCAGUCACCUUGGCAACGGCUCAUUGCAUAGUAAUUACGGAAAGUACUACGGGUCGACAGUGUCAUCCUCAACGGAGGAGCACGGUAAGGAGAAAAGCUCUCCAAUGGCAACAAUAGCUCAGCUGCAACUGAUGCAACAAAAACAUGCCGAGGAUAUCUUAUUACAACAACAAGCAUUUAUGCAACACGCCUAUCACAUGCAGUUGCAGGAAAUGGUCAAAAACAGAUCCGGGAACCCGUUAUUGCGUCAGAAGGAUCACGCCAGCGCUCGAAUGGCCCUGAAAGAACACUUGAUGCUUCAACAAAAGGAGAAGCAGGCAGCCGCGGCCGCUGCGGGUCUGAAUCAGGUCUCUUUGAAGGAGCAUUUCAAGCGGCUAGAACGUCAAAAUAUAGAAGUAGAAGAAGAGGAUGAAGACAUUUUAGUUGUGGACGAAAAAAAUAACGAGAAAAAACCGGAUAGUGAACGCUUAAUUGGCGAUGAUACUGAGGAGCUAGAACGGCGUUUAGAACGGAAUAGAAAUCAAUAUAUUAAUGAACAGAAUAAAGACUACACUAUGGCAUAUACAUCAGAAGAUACCCCUACGUAUAGUGCGCCCACCUCUACGCGAACGCAAGCCUCGCCCAUCUUCCCGCCAGUGCGAAGAAAUAUGCCGCAUGCGGACAUCAGCGGCCUGGUGUAUGAUCCGCUAAUGUUAAAGCAUCAAUGUACAUGCGGGGAUACGAGGCCUCAUCCAGAGCAUCCUGGGAGAUUACAAAGUAUUUGGGCGAGAUUGCAAGAACUUGGUUAUGUUGCAAGAUGUGAGCGUGUUCGUUCAAGGAAGGCAACUUUGGCUGAAAUCCAAACGGUUCACAGUGAACAGCAUACUUUACUGUAUGGAAGUGGAGCGAUCACUAGAAAAGAAGGAGGCCUCCAAUCUUUGAAGUGUUUUAGUUCUCUUCCUUGCGGCGGUUUAGGGGUCGAUGCUGAUACCAUUUGGAACGAAUCCCAUAGUGCAAAUGCUGCAAGGAUGGCUGCUGGCAGUGUGAUUGAGCUGUCGAUGAAAGUAGCAACAGGAGAACUAAAGAAUGGAUUUGCCAUUGUUCGACCUCCGGGGCAUCAUGCGGAGGCACACCAAGCAAUGGGAUUUUGCUACUUCAACAAUGUCGCUAUCGCUGCUAGACUUCUUCGAAUGAAGCUCGCUGUGGAACGUAUCCUGAUUGUUGAUUGGGAUAUUCAUCAUGGGAAUGGAACACAACAAAUGUUUUAUGAUGACGAUCAUGUCCUCUAUAUAUCUAUUCAUCGCCACGAUGACGGGACCUUUUUUCCUGGAACUGGAAAACCGGAAGAGUGUGGUGCAGGUAUUGGUAUGGGCUAUAACGUCAACGUUGCUCUCAGUGGAGGUUUAGAUCCACCCGUCGGAGAUCCAGAGUAUCUCGCAGCUUUCAGAACACUGGUAUUUCCAAUCGCAAAGGAGUUCUGCCCGGAUAUAAUUCUUGUAUCUGCUGGAUUUGACGCAGCGGCUGGUCAUAGUCCACAGCUCGGAGGAUAUCAUGUCACGCCCCAAUGUUAUGCAUACAUGACAAAAAAGAUAAUGUCACUUGCCAAUGGAAGGGUGGUUUUGUCUCUGGAAGGAGGGUAUAAUUUGUCAUCUUUAUGUGACUCCGCAGAGGGAUGCAUGCGUGCAUUGCUUGGCGAAGAGAUCCCAGAGAUGCGAGAAGAGAGUUUGGUUACUAGGCCGAAUCCAAACGCUGUAAAAUCUUUAGAAAGAGUCGUUGAUGUCCAAAGCAAAUUUUGGCCAAUAAUCAAACGAAUUGCAACCCAAGUUGCAAAACCACAACAAGAAGCAGAAAGACUGGAAAAAGAAGAGACUGAAACGGUAAAUGCCCUGGCCUCUUUGUCAAUGCAAGGCAUCGUAAGAGGCACUGCACGCGUGAGCAAAGAAGAACCCAUGGAACAAAAUUAAUGGUCAGAAUUAAUCAGAAGUUCUAGAUUAUAGAAUGGCAGCUCAGUAGGCCUAUGUUUCUGCAACAGCCUGUUCUCUGCUUCAAGAGUUCCCUGUUAUCAAGAGCUACUCGUAACAUGAAACAAUGAACAAUGACAAUAGACGUAUGGUUUAACGGAGCCAUUUGAAUCAAUUUAAAUUUAAUGUUCUUUGUAACUCUUCCGCUUUAAGAAAAUAACAAUUCUUCAAACAUUGAAUUGUGUAUAGUAACAUAUGUUUAAAGUUAAUUUAUCCCCUGCUGCCUGUCUCAUCAACUGAAAUAUGUUGCCAAUUAUUAAUGUUAGAUUUUGAAUAAGCACUCAUUUUGACCCCCCCCCCCAACCCCCACUCCCAAUCCAUUUGCACUUCACCUGAUAACGUCCUUUACAUGGGCUGGGUAUCAUAUCAACAUUAAAUAGCAUUAGCGAUACCUAUAACAUAUCAAAGCACAGUCCCCCCCAUCCUUUUCUGAUGUGCAAAACAGUUUCUAAAAAUUGAAAUGCAUAUAUGUGCUGUUUUUUAUUGCUGUCCCCCGUUUAUAACGCAAUCGCUUCGAGAAGGCAGAUAUGACGUUGUUCCAUCACAUGGUGCAAGAUUCACGCAUCCAAAAGUGCACUGCCUGCUACUUAAACUUUAUAUUCCAUAGAUUUACAUUUGUAAAUAUGUAAUCGUAUCCUACCAUUAGAAGUUGAGUUGUAGUUUCAUGUCAACAGUUUGACCUCCAACUCUCGUUAUUACCAAAAUUGUGUAUAAAAGUAUGACAACAUUUGGAAGGAACGCUGCUAGGAAAGUCUUGCUUUCAUUUUGGUACAUUUUAUAAUUAGUUUCUCUUGAGAUUAAAUACUCAUCCUCUGGGGAAAAAACCUCAUUCAAAGUAGCAUGCGCCUCUUCUCAGUGGAAUACAAACAAGGUUUAUUCUUAGUUAGAUACAAUCAGGGGCGGACACUUGAUCAAAUAUUGGGGGGCAAGCCUAUUGUUUUAAUAAGAUGACGUCAUAUUUCCCAUUGUUUUACAACAAAAGACCAUUGUCCUCCAAAGUAUUGGGGGACGGUCGCCGCCCCUCGCCCCCCCCAAGUGUCUGCCACUGGAUACAAUUGAAAUUGAUAAGCUUUUUAUGCGUCUAAAAUUGAGGGGAAUGUAGGCCUACCACGGAACUGAAUCCCUGCAGUUUCAGGUUUAAAUUGUCAUAUGAACACGCUUAGGUGCUUGAAGAAUUUCUGAAAUAUUAAUGGGUGUUGUUCAUUUAGAAAUGUAGGUGCAAAAACAACAUGCAAAAUGGACUGACAUGCAUCGAUUUAAUGUGCAUUUCUUUUUGCGCUAAGCUCGUUAUAUUCAGGCCACUCCAGGGCUUUUUGCUUGUUUUAUUGCUAAAUAUCACACGCCAAAGAGAUUUUUGUAGGAACCCACUAAAAAUUGCAACAAGAGAGAUGUUCCUGGAGUGGAAUAUCACAAAAUAACUAAUUCUAGGCCAUACCCUCCGAAUUAGUUUGCUUAUUUUUAUUUUUGGGAAACAAGGGAAGUGUGGGAGCCAUCCUUUAGAAGAGGUCCUCAUUUUUAUUUGCAUUUUAGAGAAAGUCAAUUUUGUCACUAUGUCGUAGGUUUUUAGACUAUGUUUGCUAUUUUAAUAUUCUCAUAUUUAUUGUCACAGUAACUAACACCCACUGCUACCGUUCGAAGUUUUUCGUCAUACCCUUUGUUCUUUUUAGUAGAAUUCUUCAGUAUGUCCUUCUUUCGUGUAAUUUUGAUGCAAAAAUAUCGUUUUUGCAACUGAAAAA